UUUUACCAUAAUUACCACCACCAUCAUGACUAUCCAUCCCACUUUCUGUUAUUUAGAGCCAUUGUAGAAAUGAAAUGGCACUCUGCCAUUACCCUAAGGCCCAUGGUCAUAAAUCACCAUAAUCAAAUGAGAGAUAUACAUUUACUAUUGAGAUUUUGGAAUAGGAAAAUAAACAGAAGCUGCUUAAUCGACUUAGGGUUCAGUCAAAAUCAGCCAAGUAGUUUUGUACACAGCCUUGGCACUAUCUGAGUGUGUAUCUGUGUAGUUACUGUUCAUGGCCAACUGGCUCAUGCACAUAGGUCAGGUUCAGACCUGGAGAGAGGAAGUGGGCAGUGAACUACAGGUCAGUGGUCUGGACAACAGUCCUGAUGGACAGAUACAGUGCCUACUUCCUCUUUUUGUGAGCAGAGAACUCUAACAGGGAUGUGGUCGUGGGAUUAUGUUGGUAUGUUUGCGUGUGUUGUGGGGGAGAAGCUCUAUAUGCAUCACAUACUGUACAUACUACCCCUUUCAAAUCAUGACUCUCUAGAAGGGCUUCCCUCACUCUCGUGACUCCCCCCUCUGCUCUCACAGUUAGGAGGAACACUGACAGAUUCCACCUCUCUUGGUCACUUUUUAGUUUCAAUACCUUUUUAAAAAUGUUCCUUCAAAAUUUUAGCAAUCAAGAGAGCACUCACGAUACCCUGGAACACUGAAACUUUUGCUCUGCUCUGCUCUAUUGCAGUACUUGACCACAGCAAUCCAUUUCUUUAAAGCUCUGAAAAAGAGCGCCACCAUGUGGUGGUCUCCGGAAGAGGUGCCGGUUUAGAUCCCGUGACUGUCACGGUUUACGUGUAUAGAUCUACAGGUGUUCGUGGGUGGAGUCUGUUUUUAAGGGCUGCGGACUCUUUUCGUUGCAUUCCACCCAGAGAGGGCUUGGGGAGACUACCAAGCAAGCAGGGCUGAGGCAUUCUUUUUGACUGUAGUUAGCGAGGACAUUUGAACUUUAGGCUGAGGUCAGGGUUUGGAAGCCUACCUCAGCUACAAGAAGUCCCAAAGUUAAUCUCUAAAGGCUAGAGAGAGAGUUUGAGAGAGGGUUCUGAGAAGUACUCAUGGCCAAUUGUAAGGGUUUUCUACAAUCUCAAUCUCCCACUGUACAUUGAUACUCUGCCAUAUUAUUUGGAAUAGAGAAGCCCUAAAGACCAUAACAAGCAUAAACUGUCAACAUUUAUUUGGAUACCAAUUUUGAUCCCUCUCUGGGGGCUUUGUAACAGUGAGAAAUAUAUUGGGAAAACGUUUAGUACAAAUCAUUGUGGAUUGAUUGGUGGAGUUUCUGUCAGUUGACCCGAGCCUAGAUGCACUAAGAUAAACUCUUCUUGUCCGAGAGAGAACUUAUUAUUUGGACAUGAUCCGUUCUCUCUAUAUGCCAGGGGCGACUGAAUUUUUGAUUGGCAGUACUGUCUGAUAUUUAUCCUGUAUAAACGUUGUACAUGUACACAUACUACUAACUAUAACAGUAUUUGGAUUCCAUCUAUUACAAUGUAUCCUGAAUUGAAUCCAGAGUCAUGUCAGAUCAUUGAUUACAGACACUGUGUUAUCUGAGCUGUGGAGCAGUGAAAUGUGCUGUACGUAAAAAUUCAAUCUCACCAUUUUACCCACUUUUUCAACAAAUCCUUUUAAGUUGAAGAUUUAGUCGAACGUAACCCCUUCAGCAAUGUGACCAUAAUCAUCCUCUCAAAGGAAAAACAAAUAUCUUGUCUUAUAUUGUUUAAUAUUGUUUGCCGAAGGGAAACAGAGGGCCGACCUCAUUUGUGUUUGGAAUGGACGCCCCCUAAAGUUCUUCAGAGGGCAGCUGGAUCUUUCACAGCCAUAGAGACAGAAACUGCACAGUAAGCACUAUUAAUAUAAGGGCAUGAAGAGGUUGUUAUCAAUAAACAUCACAUUGGUACGGUUUUAGAAGAACAAAGGGCAUGUAUUUUACACAGUUACACAGUUCUAUUUUGAAAAGUGCACUAUAUUUUAUGAUACCACACAAUGUAUUGUUGAAAGGACAUCAAAAUACAUUUAAGAGCGAGCAGUAAGCAUUAUUAUAAAUUGGUCUUUGUUGAACAUGGCUUUCAUUAUGAGUUGAAUAUUGGCUCAUGGCUUACAAACUAACUGGGUUGACUGUACCCAAUCAUAGCAUAGGUUCUAUUGCACAAGAUGCUGACAGGACAGUGGAUACACAAGGACAGAACAGGAGACACAAUGAAAAAGCAGACCAUUGCUCCACAGUGACUCCAUGUGGCUUGUCCUUAAGUCCUUGUUUAUGCAGAUGUUGUUUGUCAGGGUCCAGGUGGAAGGGUCAGCCAGUUUAAACCACCCCCGUCUCUUUCCACAACAUCCUUCCAUUGAGACAGACACUAUGGGGGUUGGACCCAUGGAGGUGUUCUGUUUAAUCCUGUGGUUGGACCCGAUAAAAAGGACCAGUGUGUCCAUCCAUCCUGUCACAGUACCUGGAACCACUUGGAGACGUGAUCAUCCUUUCUGAGUUGUGCAGUUUGAGUGUUAACCUCAGUCUCCCUCCACGAGAAGAUGCAGGCCUUUGCCGUCGCUGCCCUCUCCAUCUGGCUGUGUCUGGGUGCCACCACCCUGGCAGAGUCCCACGGCCCACAGCACUGCACAUCACCUAAUAUGACUGGGGUCCUGACUGUGAUGGCCCUUACAGGAGGUGAAAUCAAGGCAACUGGACAUUACAGCUAUGACUCGACGGACAAGAAGAUACGUUUCACUGAAAGUGAGAUGCACCUCAACAAGACUGAACAUCUGGAGGACUACCUGAUGCUAUUUGAAGAGGGGGUCUUCUAUGACAUUGACAUGAAGAACCAGUCCUGUAAGAAGAUGUCUCUGCACUCUCAUGCUCACGCUCUGGAACUCCCCGCUGGUGCAGCCCAUCAGGUUGAGCUGUUUUUGGGGAGUGACACUGUUCAGGAGGAGAACAUCAAAGUGAACAUAUGGACGGGAUCCGUGCCAGAGACUAAGGGCCAGUAUUUUUUGUCUACUACUGUGGGAGAAUGUCUACCACUCAGCACUUUCUACUCAACUGAUUCCAUGACACUCCUCUUCAGCAUUUCCGAAGUGGUCACUGAGGUGAAAGCCCCUGAAGUAUUCAAUCUGCCGUCUUUCUGUGAGGGUGUGGAGCUGGAGGAGGCUCCUGAGGGCCAGAAGAAUGACUUCUUUAGUCUGUUCAACAGUGUCUAAGACAGUGGCACCAGGACCUCCAGCCCCAACCAACCAAGAGUGUGGCCAGCUAAUCCUCCUAGUUGUUUCUCUCCCUCUCAUAACUACAUUUGAGUGUUUCAUUGCAAAUUCUUCUCUUCUGUUAGACCAGAUAUAUAUCAUAAUAUACUUUCUUUGAUUAUUCCUCUUUGAAGACAUUGCAUAAAGAUUAAUCAGAUGAAAAAAGGAAAGUUAAUGUUAAGUUGUCAUGUUAAUGUAAUCUCUACGUUUGAACGGGAUAUAACGUUUGUAAUUGACACUAUUAAUCUGUCACUUAAAGUUGCUAAUGCGUAGGAGGUCUGCAUAGGCAAAUGCGAUAAUAAAAACUCAACAUCUUUUCGAGUC